AUGAGUGAGGAAACGCCAACAACAAGUCGAAACAUAACCCCGAAGAAUCUUCUCGACGCUUUAACUGGUGCAUCUGAUAACUACGUAUCAGUGCUAGAACAAAAACAGGAACAGAAGCGUAAAGAAAUGGCAAAAAAGCUAGAGCGACUUCUUGAUCUGCGUGAUAUGGCAAAAGAAAAAAUGUAUCGAAUCCGUGAAGGCUUAAAGCAAGCAGAAGUAAGUAUUCAUUGGUUAAAUUUACAACUUGAUACACUACGCCGGUGUAAUGACGACAUGCAAAAAACGUAUUGGGAAAUUUGUGACAUCGUUCCUAGAGAUCAGCGGCAAGAACACAAAAACGAGUACAUUCGUGCUGAGGAGCUGUAUACCGAGUUAACUGUGCAAAUUCAAACCGAAGUUAUAAAAUGGAAUGCCUCCGAAGCAGAAAAAGUGCAAGGAAAAAUGAAUGCGUUGGCCCCAGCCUUUGUUCCGCAGCAGCCAGCAGUAGUUAGCAACUCGACACCUCACCUUCAGGUUCCGUUGACAACAUUUGAUGGCAGUCUUGAAAAUUGGUACUCAUUUAAGUGCAUGUUUAAGACGAUAAUGAACAGGUACCCAAAUGAAUCUCCGGCCAUCAAACUUUACCACUUGAAAAACUCUCUAGUAGGCAAUGCAGCUGGCAAGAUCGACCAGGACGUGAUCAAUAAUAAUGACUAUGAGUCAGCAUGGAAGAUGUUAGAAAAUACUUAUGAAGAUGAAAGGCUCAUAAUAGAUACGCAUAUAGAUGCUCUGCUUAAUCUACCCAAAAUGACGAGUGAGAACGGUAAUGAAUUGCGUAACUUACUCGAUACUUGUACGAAGCACGUUGAUGCACUUAAAAACAGACAAUUGGUUGUAGACGGACUUUCUGAAAUGAUUCUUGUCAACUUAAUAGCUAAACGCUUGGACAAGGAAACAAGGAAAUUGUGGGAAUCACAGAUUCCAGCAGAUGAGCUGCCUGCUUACAGUGAUUUUAUUGACUACCUACGGGAGCGUAGUCGCAUACUGCAAAAAAUGAAAGAAUAUACCGAAUCGCGUCCUACUAAAGCACCAAAGCAGAAAGUCAAAUUCGAGCAGAAACCCACUCAAGGCAGGAACUUUGUGCAAACGUCGUUUAGAGAGCUUACUGUGAAUGAUCGGUACAAUAAAGUCAGGCAAGCCGGUCUGUGCUUUAAAUGUCUGCGGCGUGGCCAUCGAACUGCCGCUUGUAACUCAGACAACACAUGUAGAACGUGCAAGCGAAAGCAUCAUAGUCUUUUGCACGAUGAUAAGCCAGCAGCCCCUAAGGUUAAGGAAAGUACACCAGCUACAUCAAGUGCAGCUACAUCGAGUUCAACUACUGUGGAAGAACAGCGGGAAAUCGCUGUGCAAACGCAAGGAUCAGUAAACUGUACAAAAUCAUUUAUGCUGAAACAGCAAGUGCUUCUUUCGACGGCGGAAGUACUUGUUCAAGGUUCCAGUAACAAGAAUGUACUAUGUCGUGCCUUAUUGGAUUCCGGGUCUGACUGCAACCUCAUCUGCGAGUCGCUAGCGAGAAAGCUUAACGUUGCUAUGGAAAAUGUUAACAUACCAAUCAGCGGUGUUAAUAACGCUGAAACUGCAGUUAAGUAUAGGCUGCGUACUAAGAUCAGUUCACGCGUCAAUUCAUUUAACGCUCUUCUAGAUUUUUUGGUGGUACCGACGAUUACCACCAACCUACCUAUCGUGAAAGUGGAUAUCCGUUGCUGGACAUUUCCAGCCAAUUUAAGUUUGGCCGACCCAGCCUUUCAUAUUCCUAAUGAAAUCGAAAUGAUUAUCGGCGCGGAAUUAUUUUUUGAAUUGUUACAAGGUGGACGAAUUAAACUUGCAUCUGGAGCUCCCAUGUUGGUUGAAACACAACUUGGCUGGAUUGUCAGUGGCACCGCUAGACUGCAUAAAUCGAAUUCUACUAAUAGUGUUUGCCAUCUAAAUCGCGUCGAUGAACAACUGAACCGUACGCUAGUAAAAUUCUGGGAAUUGGAGACGUGUCAACAAGCAUCGCCACACACGCUAAGGGAGCAAGCUAUAGAGAAAUAUUACGAACAAACAGUCAGUCGCAAUGAUACUGGUCGAUACAUUGUCAAACUGCCUUUCAACGAAAACAAAGCUCAACUCGGAGAUUCAUUGGAAACAGCACGAAAUCGAUUCAAUCGGCUACUACGAUCUUUUGCAAACUCUGAAAAAAGAAGGCGCUACACUCAAUUUAUGGAGGAAUAUUUGGCUUUAAGUCAUAUGGUUGAAGUCCAUGACCACCUCGAUACUUGUUACUUCCUACCUCACCAUGCUGUUUACAAGGAAUCGAGUUUCACCACGAAAAUCAGAGUCGUGUUCGAUGCUUCGGCGAAAACGACGUCAGGUAUUUCAUUGAACGACGCGUUGGAAGUAGGACCUACAGUGCAAAACGAUCUUAUCACAAUACUGCUUCGAUUUUGUUGUUAUCCUGUAGUGCUGACUGCCGACAUCCCAAUAAUGUACCGCCAAGUUCAGGUGCAUAAAGAUGAUAGGAAAUAUCAGCGUAUUUUAUGGUUGAAUGCCAACAAUGAUGUGAGAACAUUUGAAUUAACCACCGUUACGUACGGUUGCGCCAGUGCUCCUUACCUGGCAACGCGAACAUUGAUGCAAUUGGCGAAGGAUGAAGCACACGAGCUGCCCCUCGCAGCUAAAAUCAUACGAGAAAACAGUUACAUAGACGACUUUCUCACUGGAGGUAAUACAGAACACGAGUUCUGCAGCAACAGUAAAACUGUUCGAAACAUUAUUCCGUCUGAUAUACAAGAAGCACUGUUCAAUUUUGAGGAAGCCGAUAUAAACUGUGUGAUUAAGACUCUCGGUUUAAUAUGGAAUCCUAACGACGAUUACUUCGCAUUCAAUGUGAGUCCAAUCGAUAGCGUGUCCAAUCCGCCCCCGACGAAACGCAGCGUACUUUCUGCUAUCGGACUUAUUUUUGAUCCUCUUGGAUACAUAGGUCCUGUUAUCACGACAGCAGAACUGCUAAUGCAAGACAUGUGGAGACUUAAAUUGAAUUGGGAUGAUGAAUUGCCGAUCGAGAAGCUCCAAUUGUGGACUACUUUUCGAGAGCAGUUUCCAUCGAUUAACGAAUUACGAAAACAACGAUGUGUUAUUUCAAACAAGGCAGCAACAGUAGAACUUCACGGCUAUUCGGACGCUUCCAAACGCGCUUACGGAGCAGUUUUGUACACGAAAAGCAUUUUCCCUGACACGAGUGGUAACAGUUCGUACGGAUACAAAGGAAUACCGUAG